AUGCUCAACCAAGCUCUCGUUGUCUUCGGCGUCGUUGCCCUCGCCAGCGCGACGCCGCUAGACCACUUCAGCCUCCAUGCUCGGCAGAACGCUAGCGGCGGCGGAGCGGUAGCAACCGGGUCUGUCGCGGGCAGCAACCUCAUCCUCUCGUCCAAGGUGACGGGAGCGAUCGCCAAGACCAACGUCGACCUGGCGGCCGGCAAGACCGCGGCCGAGAACCCGGACACGUACACCUUCUUCAAGGGCGACGGGUCGGCGGCGCAGGGGUGGCCGACCGAGGACGAGUGGAUCAACUUCAACGACAUGUUCACGCGCAACAACGCCGCCAUGGGCAAGGGGUGCCCGGGCGGUGUGACGGAGAACACGGCGGCGGAGAACGAAAACAUCCGUGUGUCUAUCAUAGCCGUGGCGUCGGCGGCCGCGGUGGACCCUCGUUUCGUGCUGGCCACCGUCAUGCAGGAGUCCAAUGGCUGUGUGCGGGUGCAGGGCACGCCGUCGGGCGAGGCGGGUGUGUUCAACCCCGGCAUCAUGCAGUCGUUCAAGGGCACGGGGACGUGCAACGUGGGCAACUCGAACCAGCUAAGCCCGUGCCCGCCCGAGACCAUCACGCAGAUGCUUGUCGACGGCGUGCAGGGCGUCAACGUCGACGGCCAGGUCCAGGCCGGGCUCGUGCAGCAGCUCAUCGCGGCCGGCGGCGACCCGUCGGGCCAGAACACCUACAGUGGCGCAAGAGGGUACAACUCGGGCGCCAUCUCGGGCGCCCUCGAGAAUGCCGGCCAGUGCGGGCCCCCGAGGACCUUUGGCGUCCCCUGCUACUCGAGCGACAUCGCCAACCGGCUCAAGGGCUGGGUCUCCGCACCGACUCAGUGCAACCUGCAGCCCCAGACCUGCUGA